AUGUCGAUUGACUUUCGGUUUUGGAGUAAAUGUUGGAAAUAUCAUCACUAUGUAUUGAAAAUUAGUAUUUAGUCUCGUGUAGCUCAGUUGGUAGAGCAUGGCGUUUGCAACACCAGGGUUGUGGGUUCGAUUCCCACGGUGGACCAGUAUAAAAAAAUAAUUAAAAAUAUAUAAAAAAAUGUAUGCACUCAGUAACUGUAAGUCAAUCUGGAUAAGACCGUCUGCUAAAUGACUAAACUGUAAAAUGUAUUUAUUGAGAUUACUGAGUUGUUUCAUAUAGCAUUUUUGUAUCUAAUGACCUUCGACCUUGUUUAAAAAGUUGGAUGUCAGUUGAUUAAAUUGCUCUUCUGAAAUCCCUGAGUAUGUUGCUUCUUUUAGCAUCAAUAAAUAUCAAUUUAAACAACUGAUACUGACUAAAAUAUACUUGUUCCUUCUCUUGUGUUCUGUACAUACAGUAUGUCUGUAUGAAUGUGUGCAGAGGGAUUCUGCAGACCCAACCUACUGAUAAAUGCUAAACCCACCCAUGCUUGCACCCACACAGUGAGAUGUUCACAGGUACCUGUACACUGUGGUCUGCUGUGAGCACAAAACAAGGCCGUCUCUACGCUUUGGACAGGCCUGCUUGCCUUUUACAUACCCUGCGUCUCUAUGUGGUUUUCAGCAGGAUGUCUAUGUGGUGUCAGACUGUUUUCUCUCAUUCUUUCAUUGUUGUUCACAACCAAGACAAUUAGCAACGCAGUCCACUUAUAUACUGUAUGCCAUGUAGCCUGUAUCUUGUCACAAGAUCAUAGGUUUAAUUAGUUCAAACUACAAUCAUUUGUUUACAGAGUUUAAAGUAGAACUUGUAUCAAUGUAAGCUAGGCUACAGCCAAUAGGCCUACCCACUAGGUACACCCCUACUAAAUACUCAACUAGUAGCCUACACUUGAGUUAGUACAUGAAUGACAGGGAUAAGACUGACUUUCACUCUGUAGGUGUUUCCCCCACAUACCCUCUCAGUAAUGCUUCACCCCUGUUCACCCUACAUACAGUACAUGACCAAAUGUAUGUGGACACCUGCUCGUCGGAAAUCUAAUUCCAAAAACAUGGGCAUUAAUAUGAGUUGGUCCCCCCUCUGCUGCUAUAACAGCCUCCACUCUUCUGGGAAGAUUUUCUACUAGAUGUUGGAACAUUGCUGCGGGGACUUGCUUCCAUUUAGCCACAAGCGCAUUAGUGAGGUCGGGCAUUUGAUGUUGGGCGAUUAGGCCUGGCUCACAGUCGGCGUUCCAGUUCAUCCCAAAGAUGUUUGAUGUGGUUGAGGUCAGGGCUCUGUGCAGGCCAGUCAAGUUCUUCCACACUGAUCUUGAAAACCAUUUCUGUAUGGACCUCGCUUUGUGCACUGGGGAAUUGUCAUGCUGAAACAGGAAAGGGCCUUACCCAAACUGUUACCACAAAGUUUGAAACACAAAAUCAUCUAGAAUGUCAUUGAAUGCUAUAGUAUUAAGAUUUUCCUUCACUGGAACUAAGGGGUCUAGCCCGAACCAUAAAAAACAGCCCCAGACCAUUAUUCCUCCUCCACCAACGUUUACAGUUGGCACUAUGCAUUUGGGCAGGUAGCAUUCUCCUGGCAUCCGCCAAACCCAGAUCCGUCCGUCGGACUGCCAGAUGGUGAAGCGUGAUUCAUCACUCCAGAGAAAACGUUUCCCACUGCUCUAGAGUCCAAUGGCGGCGAGCUUUACACCACUCCAGCCAACGCUUGGCAUUGCGCAUGGUGAACUUAGGCUUGUGUGUGGCUGCUCGGCCUUGGAAACCCAUUUUAUGAAGCUCCCGACGAACAGUUAUUGUGCUGACGUUGCUUCCAGAGGGAGUUUGGAACUCGGUAGUGAGUGUUGCAACCGAGGACAAACUAUUUGUACGCGCUUCAGCACUCGGCAGGUCCUGUUCUGUGAGCUUGUGUGGCCUACCACUUUGCGACUGAGCCGUUGUUGCUCCUAGACAUUUUCACUUCACAAUAAUAGCACUUACAGUUGAAUGGGGCAGCUCUAGCAGGGCAGAAAUUUGACGAACUGAUUUGUUGGAAAGGUGGCAUCCUAUGUCGGUGCCACGUUAAAAGUCACUGAGCUCUUCAGUAAGACCAUUCUACUGCCAAUGUUUGUCUAUGGAGAUUGCCUGGCUGUGUGCUCAAUUGUAUACACCUGUCAGCAACGGGUGUGGCUGAAAUAGUCGACUCAACUAUUUUGAAGGGGUGUCCACAUACUUUUGUAUAUAUAGUGUAUGUAUCUGUGCACAAUGAAGGACUGCAGUUCAUCUGUCUUUCAAUAGGGAGAAGCAGUGUACUAUUAUGGAAGUCCCCAUGACUGCCUCAACAGUAGAGUUGGCAGCAACUUGUAGAAGUGGUCAAAAUGUUCACUAAUUUGAUGAACAAUCAUUGAACUCACUUUCCUGUGGAAUCUCAUGUGUCUAGUAGAAAUAGUGGUCCAACAAUUUUUUUUGUGCAUUUUAGCUAACCCUUUCCUAACCUUAACUUAAUUUUCAUAACCUGCCAUGUUAAUACUCCUAACCUGCCAUUUUAAUUAUCAUAACCGGCUGCGUAAGUUCUCUUAACCUGCUACAAAAAGUCUGCAGACCGGUCCAUAGAAUAGCCUUGGUUUCCACUAAUGCGAUACUGCCUCACACUGGCUUGCCUGCUCUUUCGUUUCACUAAUGAUGCGAGUGUGUUCAUUCUUCUGUGUUUUGCAUAUAGAAUAUCCUAGCCUAUUCAUUGAUGAUAGGCCCUGCUUUACUGAAGUUGCUAGACAUUGCAAGCCAAAAAAUUGUGAUUUACAGCAUUCCAUUGCGAAAUACAGCUUUUGAUUUUGCUAUAGAUAGGCCUAGUGCACGGUUCUGACUCUGUCUGCAUGACUGUCUGUCCGCCUUCCCUCUCUCCGUGCCUCGCUAGCUCGCUUUGAAAGAUGCAAGUGUUUGUGUUCUCAAGCCUCGUUCUUAUUACCCAUAAGAACUCCGUUAUGUUGCACCGUUUGUCAUGCAUUUAAAUGGGGACGUCCACAACGGAGUGGAAUCGCAACGCCCCAUGCAGUUGAAGGCUCCGUUGCGAGAUGGACAUGGCAUACUUAGAAGUUUUCCAAACUUUGCGUCGUCUUCAGUCCAGCCAGAGUCCAUUGAAGAACAGAAAGUUACCAAACCACAGAAGAAGAUGAAAGUAUAUGGUUUUCGGUGAUGACUUUAUGGGAAAGCUAGCAACUUGAAACAUUUACCCAUUUCUAUAAGUGAGUACUGUUUUCAAUACUAAUGUUAAAAAAUACACAUUUGCUAUUAAGUCAAUUAUAUUAUAUGACUGUUGCCUCCCGUUUAAGUUUUUUGUGAUGAUAAUGAUGUUUGUUUUUGAUGAUAAUUAUUAGGUAGAGGUCACUAGCCUAACUUUUAGCUAGCUAGCUAGCUGCUCUCCAGUGCAAGCUAGCUCGAGAAAAGAAUAUCUAAACAAAACAUGUUUUAUUAUCACCUGAAACAAUAUCUUUACCCUGUCUUGAAUGAAAAGGUCAUAUUUUGCAAUCUCCCAAAAUAAAUGUGAUCUCUGACGAGAGACAGGCUUUCCUCCAUUUUGCUUUAGAUACACUACACUUGUCCGUUCCGUAUAGCGGGGAAAGACUCCGUAAAGAUUACGUAAGGUGUAAUGAAAUACAUCACAAUAUGUACGGGCAUCAGAAGUACAGCAACUAAUCAGUCUCCUCCGUUCCAAAAAUACUGAAUCUUAGGAGUCGAUUCCUAGCGGAAGUCGGAAGUCGAGGGAUCAAUUAUUUUGGCGACGAGUCUCCACCACUACGUCAAAGUCAUUAACAGUUGUAAAAAUUGCAGAGAAAGGCAAGUGACAGCAGCAAAGUCCUGUAUGACAUUAAUUUGAGAAGUUAAAUGAGAAGGAAAUGCUAACUUUGCGAGGUGGAAUUGAGGUACACUAAUAGUAGUACAGGUGCAAUACUUAGCCAUCUGAAAGGGAUGCACCGUGAGACCCAAACCGUUGCUGGCAGCAGCGUAGCUGCAUUGUGAAUUCACAUGGAAUCGUUUUAACGGAAAACCGAUUUCUGCAGUUUAAAUGUAAAGAAUAGUUUUACACAUUUAUAACAUGUUAUAAAUCAAUUUCAGCUUCAUAGAAUAGCCAGAAGGAUAUAUCAGACAGGUCAGACUGUCCUCCUCAUAGGAUCAUUACUACUUAUGUCAAAUAAGUAAUCAUGAGCCACAAUCACUAAAAAUGAAACAGGUAGUAGAGCGAUAUGAUGAAGACAAUGAUAUGUGUUUGUGAGUGUAGUUUAUAAAUUGAGUUCCAGGAAGUCUUUACAUAAGUAAGGCACACAACCUAUUUCUUCAAGUCAUCUCUCCUCUGAAAUGUUUUGUCCUCUUUCAGACGUCUUGAUAUCAGGCCACUCACACCCACCUACCACACAUAGAACCAGUUCACAGGUACUUGCGGUCUGCUCUAAGCAACAUGAGGCCGUAUCUACCCUGCUACCUGCACUCUGUGUCUCCUUGUGGUUUUCAGCAGGACGUCUAUUUGAUGUAAGUCUGUUGUUCUUACAAUCUUUACCUGUUGUUCAUGUUGCCACUGACAGUUUGCAGCCAUAAACUUACUUGAAUAUAUGUAUAGUUAUCUGAAAUCAGUUCCAAACCACAAGGAACUGCUAAUUAAAUCUGUUUGAACCCUCUAAUUUAACAAUCUCAGUCCAGGGGGAGGGACAAGUUUGUGAUGAUGUCAUGGGAGAAUUUUCAGUACAUUCGCAAUCAGACAUUUCUUGUGAAGCACAAAGACUACUGCAGGGUCCUCUGUAAGAAGACCAAAAGAGGAGGAACCUCCUUCUGAUAGAUUGCCUCCUAUGAGAACAACAUUCACCAGAGAGUGAUUGGCUGAGGUUUCCAAUCAGGCAUGCUCUCUUAGGUGUUACACUUCAGUUAGUGCAUGUUUCUGUGAAUGAUGAGGAAUGAGACUGACAUACAAUAGACUUGUUUUAUCCUGUCAUCUGAUGUACUGUAACUGUUAAAUGACUUGGUCAAACUAGUAUUUGUUAACUUUAGGGGCACUUGAUGUAUCUUAACAAGUGCAAUGGAGACAAGAUAGCCUAAAUCAAGUGAACCUAAAAAAGUAACUGUGAGAACACAAGUGGUAAACAAACAGAAAAUAUAAUUUCCACACAGGUACGGCGAGAGUGAAUGUGAGAACUACAAACCACAAUUUCUUGCAAGACCAUUCAGGAGUUAUGGUACAAUACAAGACCAAUGGUUGUCUGAAUGAGGCGUCAACAAAAAUGACGCCUUCAGUUCGACCAAUCACCAAUAACCCCAUUGUUGAAGUGUUGUACACAUGGGUAGUCUUUUUCCACUCAAGAUGAUACUUUCAAAGAUGUUCACACUGUGUAUGAUAUUUCUCCUCCUUAAACAAAUGGGUAAGUCACAUUUAAUUUGAUUUCUCUGCUUGUGUGAUGUGUACCAUAACAAAAUACAUUGGGUAUUGAUAUUACAGUCCAUUUCAAGCAAUCCACAUAGAAUAAUUGAAUUUUUUAUUAUGUGAUGGCUAAUAUAUGUGAGUAGCUAAGAAAUAAAUGUUUUUUUGUGUGUGUUAUAGAUCAUGUUCCAGCUGCAGCACAAUCCUCAGCCAUUCGUCUCACGUCAGCCAAUGUUGGAGACACAGUGACUUUGCACUGUUUCUAUGAAGGUGACAUGGCAGUAAUAUUCUCCUGGUACAAGCAACCCUUUGGAAAUAUUCCUCGGCUCAUGUCAACAUAUUUUUUUAAGUAUGACAGUGACGCUGUAUUUUACCAUGAAUUUAUGGGUAACCCUCGCUUCUCAGUGGAAAGUGACAAAGGAAAAAAUCACCUAAGGAUCUCAGACAUGGAACUCUCUGAUUCAGCCACAUACUACUGUGGGAGCACUUAUGGAAACAAGAUGGAGUUUGGAGAAGGAACCAUUCUCAUUGUAAAAGGUACAGAAAUAAUUCUUAUUUUCAGAUUGUUAAAAAUCUUAGAUUAUACAUGAAGAGUGUAGAAGAAUAGCUAAAGGAAAUUGAAUUAUUGUGACAAUCAAAUGUACAUAAAAGGUUGAUGUCUGCGCCCCUGCGGAAAUCUAAUUAGCAUCAUAAAAAAUACCCAUACAAAUCCUUCAGUUUAAGCUAGAGAUAUCUGCAGUGUUUGUCAGACCAUGAGACAUCCCGAAAAUGAUGGAAAGAUGAGACUCUCAGGAACAUGAUGGUGUUCUCCGUUUUGCUCUACAACCCCCACAAGCGUCUUGGGACUCGUCUGCAGUCGGUACAGCCGAUCUACCAACUUCUGUCUGUAGCGUCUGAACAGUUUGGGCUACACACUAAUAUGACCCCUCUGUAGAAAGGUGAGACUAUCACAAAAACGUACGUGUCGGUUGAUUUGCUCUAGACUCAUCUGAAUGUCCCCUGAUACCAGUUGAAAAAAUAUGGAGACUGUUUAGUGCCAAAAAUAUGGGGUUAAAUACAGGUACAAAACAAAUAAAAACAUUCCUGAUCUUUCUUAUAUCUCUCAGAUAUAGGACAGACACUUCAGAACAAACUUCCUUUAGACUAUGUUUUGGGGGACUAUCUGUUGUUCCAUGCAGUGAAUCUGUUAUUCAAUGUGUUUGUAUGGCCUAAUAGCAGUAAUGCCAAAUACAAUUUUCCAUCAAAUAAUUGUUUCAUAUAUUUUCUUUUAUACUUCAAGGGGUCUUAAAAUUCAAAAUCAAAUAGCAAAAUGAUCCUUGGUAUGACCUUCUUAAAACAAUUCCAUAUAGCUUAAUAGAACCCCCCCCCCCCCACCCCGACCCCCCACCCUCCCAGUUGAGCUUUUUAGAUUAUUUAGUUUAAAAAAAUAAUGGGUUAAAUACAUGUACAAAAAAUAGACUCUUAUGGGUUAAGUAUUAUCAAAAUGAGAUCCUAUCAUGGUUAAAACAUUUUAGGUAGGGAUGUUUUGGAUAUUCAAAAUAUUUACUGACAUGAUACUUAUUUUCAGGUUCAGAGUCCAACAGCAAGACAGUUGUACAGCAGUCUGUGUCUAAAUCAGUCCAGCUAGGAGACUCUGUGACUCUGAACUGUACAAUACACACUGAGACCUGUGUAGGAGAACACAGUGUCUAUUGGUUCAGACAUGGCUCAGGAGAAUCCCAUCCAGGAAUCAUUUACACCCAUGGAGACAGGGGUGAUCAGUGUGAGAACAGCUCUGAUGCUGGGUCUCCUACACAGAGCUGUGUCUACAACCUCCCCAAGAGGAACCUCAGCCUCUCUGAUGCUGGGACUUACUACUGUGCUGUGGCCUCAUGUGGGGAGAUACUGUUUGGGAACGGGACCAAGCUUGACAUUGACCGUAAGUAAUACUUCUGACAUUCUGUUUUGUUAUAAUCAAUGUUCUUUACAUUGCAGGCAAGGUAUCAUUUAGUUCUGUUUUCUAUAUCAUUCGGAUAUCUUUGUUUUUCUCUUUCAUUCAGAUAUCUUUGUUUUCUAUAUCAUUCAGAUACUUUUUUUCUAUAUCCUUCAGAUAUCUUUGUAUCUGAGAGAAGAAAGUAUGACUCUCAGAUCAGGUAGAGUCUUGUUGGUGUCUUAAACAUUGUCAAGGCUUUAUCCCUCAGUGUCUCAGUGUCUCUGUCCCUAUUUGAUAUUUCACAGAUGGUUGUAAGGAGGACCAUCUUCUGUUCACAUACUUCCUGGUUGUAGCGUUGGGUCUGUGUGUCAUCCUCAUCAUUGUCCUUACAUGUGUUUUGUACAAGAUGAGUAAGUGCACAGGUAAGCAAUAUUAUUGUCCAAGAUACAGUAUGCUUAUUAAUUGUUGGUAGAAUUACAUUAUUUUACAUGUUUUGGUCAAAGUUGGUCAUAAAGGCUCUUCAUUGUAUGAUGAUGAUGAUUAUAUUGAUUCUUAUGUUUGAUUAAAAGGAACGCACCCUCAGCCAAGUGCUCCUGCUGUCCCCGGUCAUGAUAACCAGGUAACCUGACCUAACACUUGUUUAGCUGUUGCUGAAUCAAUGUAUUUUUCCUUUGAUAAAAAUAUUAAAAUAGUUUUGUUUCACAAUACCGCAAUGUUUAGUCUAAUACCAAAUAUUGGACUUAGAUUUUUUCUAUUGCUCUCAGGAUCAAGAUGUUGACACACUCCAUUAUGCCGCUCUGAACGUCGUCCACCAGAAACUGAAGGCCGGGAGACAGGGGAACGCCAUGGAGAGAGAUACUGUGUACUCUGGGGUGAGACGCCAAAACAUGGACUGA